AUGCGUCCACCGAGCGGGUUUAGAGCCCUAACAGGAGGGAAUAUCAGGAAUGCUGGCAACAGGCGAUUGCCGUGCGCUGUGAUCGUCCAGAUUUUGGGAAUGGCGGACACGCGAGGAGCGGCGAUUUACAGGCUAGAGGAUGUUAAGGCGCAUGAUAGCGCCGAGGAUUGCUGGCUGGUGAUCGCUGGGAAGGUCUACGAUGUCACAUCCUGGGUCCCGUCUCAUCCUGGAGGAAGUAUGAUCUAUUUGCAGGCCGGGCGCGAUUCUACUCAUCUCUUCGAUUCUUAUCAUCCGCUAUAUGUGAGGAAAUUGUUGUCUCGAUACUACAUUGGUGAUUUCCAGGAUGAGAAUUACGAUAAUAUCCAGUACAUGCAGCCAUUCGAAGAGAAGUUCUACACGACCCUCAAAGAACGAGUGGAGUCUUUCUUUGAUAAAUUCAAGCUGGAUGCAAGAGUUCAUCCUCAUAUGUUUCUCAAGUCGGCUCUAAUUUUUGUAGGCUUGAUCUUCUGCUACUACACGACUUUCUACAGGCAACAGCACUUUUUGUUUUCACUGCUCUCUGCUGCUGGGAUGGGAUUUUUCAUUGCGGAGAUUGGUUUAUCAAUCAUGCACGAUGCGAACCACGGUGCUUAUUCUCGAUACCCUCUCCUUGGAUAUAUCAUGGGAGCGUCGCUAGAUAUUGUUGGCGCUAGCAGUUUCAUGUGGAAAUACCAGCAUGUUGUGGGACAUCACUCUUUUACAAACGUUCACAACUAUGAUCCUGAUAUCCGUGUUAAAGAUCCUGAUAUCCGCCGUGUGACAAGCAAACAGCCAUGGCAUGACUACCAUAUGUAUCAACACGUCUAUCUGGCCAUUCUCUAUGGCCUUCUAGCGCUGAAAAGCAUCUUUCUCGAUGAUUUCGUGGCUUAUUUUAAUGGAUGCAUUGGACCUGUAAAGGUGCCCAAAAUGACACCCGUUGAAUUUCACAUUUUUUGGUGGGGCAAGGCUGUGUAUGCCACCUACAUGCUUGUCUUGCCCCUACUAUUCAGCCAUCACAAUUUUCUUUCUUUAUUAGUUUGUUAUCUGGUCUCGCAGCUAGUGACGGGAUGGAUGCUCGCUUUGCUCUUUCAAGUAGCUCAUGUAGUCGAAGAAGCUGAAUUCUUCGAUGUCGACUGUACCAAUGGUGUCCCAACUUUGUCUUCUGGGUGGGCGGCAUUACAGGUCAGGACUACCGCAAACUUCAGUGUCAAUUCCUUAUUCUGGACGCAUGUUAGUGGCGGUUUAAAUCACCAGAUUGAGCAUCACUUAUUUCCAGCGAUUUGUCAUCUUCAUUAUCCAAGGAUUCAACCCAUAGUGGAGUCCACGUGCAAAGAGUUCGGCAUCCCUUACCAUCGAUUCCCAGAUGUGUGGACGGCUCUCAAAGCUCAUUUUGCGUACUUGAAGAAAGUUGGGGGAAGUGUCGAAUUCAGGUUAGCCGGGUAGCCAACAGGAGGGUAAUCCACUCGCACUUUCUCCGAUUGUAGGGUACGGAUCUUAUCUUUUAAGUUCAAAUGUGAAAGUUCUUUUCCCAUAAGAUAUUAAAAUUGUCAACAGAAUCCAUAAGAAUAAUAGUGUUAUUCUUAUU